AGUCUGAGGUCACCUGAGAUAAUUCAGGCUUAGGUUUAAAGCGCCGUGGCUCAGGUACGGAAUAGGUACCCGACAUCAAACGUACCUACAUAGGGCUGAACAAAAAGGCGACCACCUUCCUAAUCAUCGCGCGCCGGGGCGAAUCCGACGAAGGGGAUCAGAUAGAUGAUUGGUUAUUUACUAAAGACUAAUAGGAUACCAUAGCGCGAAGAUGUCUAGUUCGGCGGGUCUCCAUGGGUUUACAGCUGGCCAUACGGGUCUAAAUAGAUGCUUGCUUGUACACAACUUAUACUUGGGUUGGGGGCAAUCGUGAUUUUGACGUCUAAAUCAUUACGGAUCUCAACUCAAUUCCUAUAUUCGCUCAUCUACUCAACAUGUGCCCAUGUUGAACAUUGUUAGGUAGCUCCGGUAAACAACCCCAGACCUCAUCGACGGCCAUCUCGAAAUGGACAACGAUAGGAUUUCGUACGGUAAAUAUGAGUCUCUUGAGAAGCGGUUAUCCACACCAAAGUUCAGUUCUCAUGGUGGGAUAGAUAUGGGCACGUAUCCUUCCGGUAUCGAAAGAGAGGGGGAUGAAUUGCCUGAGCACUACUUACCAUCAGAAGUCGCAAACACUCGUCAACAUCAUGUUUUCCGAUUUUGGCCUUGGGAGAUUGGAUCGAUCUUCGUUGCAAUCGGUUCGAUAGCGGCUACUUACUCGAUCCUGUCCCAUUUCGACGGGCACGAAGUACCAGAAUGGCCGUUUAGUAUUAAUUUGAACACUCUGAUCGCCUUGAUCUCUACCGUUAUGCGAGCAGCAAUGCUUGUAGGCGUCGCCGAAGUCAUCAGCCAGACAAAAUGGACCUGGUUUUCUCGACCACGGCCGCUGAGCCACCUACAGUAUUUUGACGAAGCAAGCCGUUCUAUAUCCGGUUCCCUGAGCUUACUGUUUGUCGCGCCCGGAAGUAUGCUAGGCAUGAUCGGUGCCCUUAUUACCAUUCUAUCUCUCGGGAUAGGCCCAUUCACGCAGCAAACCGUCAAGUCCGUCGAAUGUAUUCGAACACACACCGAAGUAAACGCGUCACUACCCGUGGCUCAGUACCUUCCUGGAAACGAAACCUAUUAUAGAACUGCGCCCGGACGUUGGGAAUUGACAGUCGACACGAAGGGAGCGCUAGUUAAUGGAAUUGUCAACCCCAUGGGCAACGACACCGCUAUUGUACCGACCUGCCCUACUGGAAAUUGCACCUUCACAAGCCAUAACGGUAUCACGCACGCUUCUAUAGGCUUGUGUAGCUCCUGUAUCGAUACCACCCCAUUCGUUAAGAGAAUAGCAACCAACAAGACCGGCGGGUACGAUAAUUAUACUCUGCCUACCACCGGUAUGUGGGUGAGCCCGGAUAUAGACCAGGCGUAUUUGAACGUGGACAACGGCUGGCUCCAAUGGGCAUCAUCCCUCUUCACUCCCGAAUUCGAGUCAGUGUGUCUUGAAAGUCUACUUAACGUAACCGUAUUAGCGCUCACAAAAGCGACGUGUUCGAAAGACGGGGACGAACUCGACUGUCCCAUUGCUGAUGGGUACAGCGGACCGACAGGUAUCGUGGCAGCAUCGUGCACGCUUUACCCGUGUCUGAAGAAUUACGAUGCCACCAUGGCGAAAGGUGUGCUAUCGGAGAAGAUCGUCUCGACGAAGCCCGCGCGCAUUAACCGGGUAGAGGCGAACAUAACUCAAAAUGAGAUUCAUCCCACCAUGAAUUGGACCGCGCUUCAGAGUCCGUGCCUCGUUGACGGCCAGUCGUAUGAUCUAUCCAAUUUCUCGAUAGUUCCUGAAAAGGAAGGGAGGGUAUUCACAGGUAUCAACAUCGACGGAACAAACUAUACUGCACCAGAUGACUGUAUGUACAAGAUGAGCUAUCCGUACUGGUCUGCUCUGAACAAGUUCACGGGCCAAGACUUGUUCGAGGGCAUAUGCACGUACAACAGCCGACAGGGUCAAGCCGUGUCGUGCGAUUCGAAGUGGUGGCUUUCUAGCUUUUAUAGAAAUAAUGAGGCGAGCUUCGAGACUUUAAGCAUGGCUUUCGACCAGUUCUCCACGGCUGCUACCAACAAGUUCCGUACGACAGGCUCGGAUAUCUAUGAUUGGGGGACCCAAAAGACGGCAAUAGGGCUGGUUAAGGAGAUGACGGUGUGCACUCAGUUUCAGUGGCAGUGGCUCCUGAUGCCGACGAUCUUAGUCGCCGCCACGGCCGCCAUCUUAAUUGCCAUAAUAACGCAAAACCUACGCGACCAGAAACAGCCGGUAUGGAAAUCAUCCUUACUGCCGUUAUUGUACUACGGGUUCGGACAGCGAGCGUACCAAGAGGAUCCGAGCAGACCUGUUAUGGACCUCUCAGAGAUGAGUAAGGCGGCGGCGGAAACGAAAACCAAAUUCCGGAAUGGUGCCAGGGCAGGUUUCGUCGACGUUGUUCCGAGCAUAGAUGAGUUAGUUUACGAGGGCCGGUAACUAGUUGAAAAUAAGUUGAAAAUAAGUUGUAUUUUGUAGAUCAAAACGAGUAAACGAAGCGCAAUGGAUUUUAUUGAAAUACCAAGAUUACCUAAC